CGCGCGCAAAGUUCCAAGCACGAUUCUAUUAUUAUUCCACCUCAGUGCCAUUUUGCUGGCACUCUACACAUCCAUUUGCAUUUAGCUAACUCCAACCAUGGGCAUCCUUGGGUGGCUCUACCUGUUUGUCAGACAUCCUGACGAUGUUCGGACGUUGGUGCAAUAUAAGUUGUGGUACGAGCCUAAGCGAGAUAUUACGAAUCCCGCCGAGUGGGAGGCAACAGGUUAUAACAGGAAAGAUAUGAAGAGAUGUUGGGAAUUCUUGGACAUGACCAGCCGUAGUUUCGCGUCUGUCAUCAAGGAGUUGGAUGGUGACUUGGCUCGUGCAACUGCACUAUUUUACUUGGCCCUCAGAGGUCUUGACACAGUUGAAGACGACAUGACCAUUUCAGACGAAAUCAAGCAACCUCUUCUUCGCUCAUUUCAUGAAAAGCUCCAAACUCCUGACUGGUGCUUUGGGGGAAGUGGCCCCAACGAAAAAGAUCGGCAAUUAUUGGUCGAGUUCAAUGUUGUUAUCGCCGAGAUUGCACUUGUGCAGCCCGAAGUCCGUGAGGUCAUCGUUGACAUCACGCACAAAAUGGAGAAUGGUAUGGCCGACUACGCUCACAAGGCCGUCAUGUCACCCACCGGAACGUACAUUGAUGACAUUGAGGAGUUUGAUUUAUAUUGUCACUACGUUGCUGGCCUCGUCGGUGAGGGUCUAUCACGGCUUUUUGCCGCCACGGGCAAGGAAAAAUCCUAUAUAGCAAACGAGCUGGUCCUUUCCAACUCGAUGGGCCUUCUUCUCCAAAAAGUGAAUAUCCUUCGUGAUAUCCGGGAAGAUAUCGAUGAUUCGAGAUUCUUUUGGCCGAAGUCCAUAUGGGAGAGUCACGGGUUCAAGCAUCCAGCAGAGCUCCGGGAUUUGGACAAACGUCAAGAAGCUAUCUGGGUACUCAGUGCCAUGACACUCGAUGCUCUUCGGCAUUCCGUGGAUGCGCUCGAUUACCUCGCUCUUCUUAGAAAUCAAAGUGUAUUUAACUUCUGUGCGAUCCCCGCCUCCAUGGCCAUGGCCACCCUUGCUCUCUGCUUCAUGAAUCCCACUGUCUUUGACAGGAACAUAAAAAUACGGAAGGCGCAAGCCGUCAACCUGAUCAUGAAGUCGACCAAUCCACGAGACGUUGCUUACAUGUUCCGUGAUUACGCGCGCGAAUUACACGCGAAACUUGUCCCUGCUGACCCAUACUUUGUCAAAAUUAGUAUUGCAUGCGGAAAGAUCGAGCAGUGGUGCGAACAACACUACCCGUCUUUCAUUGUCCUCCGCACGGCUCAAGGUGGCCGAUCCAGUGUGUCCGACAGAGCCACCGGUGACGCCCGGAUGCGAGCUGUUGAACGCCACGAGAAGCUUCUUGCAGCCAAGGCCAGUGAGAGAGGUGAGGUGCCUCCAGCGCCCAGACAAGCUGAUGACGAUCAGAAUGUUCCAAUUGAGUUCUUCCUCUAUGUGGGGCUUGGAAUGGCUAUUGUAUUUGGGUUCUGCGCAGGUAUCAUUGUGUUGGUUACGAGAUAUACGAAUUAAGUUCGCUUAGAUCCAAGGACUGCCGUCAGGGUUUUUAUCUAGUUCCAAUAGAUUUCCUCAUCUGUGAUCA